CGUAGGACGGCCCCCUCUUUCAGUUCCACAGCGGAUGAUGUGAGCGAGUGACAUUUGCCGUUGCGGUUUGGGACAGUAGGCGAAUCUGCAAACAGGUGUGCGGCUGCCCGAAUCCGGCUCAGACGCCUUUUUCCUGUUUGUUCGCGUGGAAAGCCUACCUAGGUCUCGAAACAAUCAUCCUCGUAGCGGGACGGGGAGAGGAGGGGGAGUUUGUUCCCAUUUCAGUUACUGGCAUUCAGAUAGCCUAUUUCUUUUUUUCAGAAGGCUGUACAACAAAGGGAUAAGGUCCACAGAGAAAACGCUAUGACAACUAAAAAGACAUGCACGGAUUUAACAAAAAGGAGCCGAAGCCCCGUCGUUUUAGAGGCGGAGAUGUUCAGGGAAUUUCAGGACUGGUGUCUCCGGACUUACGGGGACUCGGGUAAAACAAAGACGGUCACCCGCCGAAAAUACAACAAAAUUAUGCAGACUCUUUUGCAGACCGAGGACUCAGAGGGCGUUUUCGUUGACAACAGUCACAUUAAUGCCAAAUUCAAAUUCUGGGUGAAGUCAAAGGGGUUUCAGGUCGGAAACAACAUUCUGGGCGAGCACAACAUGAUAGGAGCACCGGGGAAGCCCGUCCUGUAUGUUCCUGUCAAAUCAACGCUCCCCAAUGCGCAGUGUUCGGAUGGCAAUGGGAACCAGGACAGCUGCAGCUCUCUGAAGCGUGUGGCGGUGGUGGAGGACUUCUUUGACAUCAUCUAUGCCAUGCACGUGGAGAUGGGGGCCGAUCCCGGACGAGCCCCCAAACACGCGGGGCAGAAGAAGACAUACAAGGCGAUCGCCGAGACGUACGCCUUCCUACCCCGUGAGGCUGUGACCCGCUUUCUGAUGAGCUGCGGAGAGUGCCAGAAGAGGAUGCACAUCAACCCCAGCACCCAAGAGUUCAAAGAAAAUGACCGCCCCACUUCUCUGGUCCCAGACCUCAUUGACUAUAACAUGCCUCUCACUGCCACCUACCUGAAGCAGAUGAAACUGCAGUGCAUGAAUGCCAACGAGCAGGAUGACAGUUCGGUGAGCAGUGAGGACAUGGACAUGGCGGAGCCGGCAUGGGUCUCUACUGAGCGCGCUCCACUUCCAGUCCCCGCCCCCGUCAGCGCCCCCACCCCCCCACAGACUCCGGCUGCUGCUCCCGCUCUCGCUGCUGCUGCUGCCGCCGCCGCCGCCGCCACGCCCCAACCCAACCUGCCCAGAGACAGCAGCCCCCAGCCCACCAUCAAAGAGGAGGACGACGACUCAUCCUCAGACAACGGCAGUGCCAAUGGCCUUCCCGCUCUGACCCCCCCAGGGGCGGUCGGCGUGGUGUCCGGGGUAGUCGCCGUAGCGACGUCGGAGGGCGCCCUGUCCUUCCGCGAGGUAAACGGCAACGGAACCGUGGGCGGAGCUCCGCUAGAUUUCAGCACCACCUCCUCCUCCUCCUCAUCCGAAGACCAGCCGCCCAUCAACAUGACGGACAGGCUGCUGCCGGGUGGGCACGGGCACGGGCACGCCCAGACCUUGGUGCAGGCCUACCAGCCCGAGAUCGUCAGGAAGUACCCGGUCAAGACAGAGUAUGGCAGCAAGUCUCCUCAGUACAGCUCAGGGAGCUAUGACUCAGUGAAGACCGAAGUGAGCAUGUGUGGCGAGGAGCUGGCGUCCGGCCGAGCCCAGGCCCUGGAUGAUGACGACGACGACCACGACGAUCACGAUGACAGCGACAAGAUCCCGGAGGGCCUGGACCCAGAGAGACUCAAAGCCUUUAACAUGUUUGUGCGCCUGUUCGUGGAUGAGAAUCUGGACCGCAUGGUGCCCAUCUCCAAGCAGCCCAAGGAGAAGAUCCAGGCCAUCAUCGAGUCCUGCAGCCGCCAGUUCCCCGAGUUCCAGGAGCGCGCCCGCAAGCGCAUUCGUACCUACCUCAAGUCCUGCCGCCGCAUGAAGAAGAGCGGCUUUGAGACUCGACCCACACCCCCUCACCUCACCUCCGCCAUGGCUGAGAAUAUCCUGGCAGCUGCAUGUGAAAGUGAGUCACGCAACGCUGCCAAGAGGAUGAGACUAGACAUCUACCAGGCCAAUGAGGAGCACCUCUCCAUAGACAAGUCCAGCUCCAGGGACUCUGCUGCAGGCUCUGCGGUGCUGGCCCACUCUGGCUUUGCUCUGGCCGCCUCUGCCUACUCCCAGCAGCAGCAGCAGCAGCAGCAGAGGCAGGAGCAGCAGCAGGACCAGCAGCAGCCGCAGCUAUACACCAACGGUGGGCUCAAUUACAGUUUCCGUGGUUACGGGCCCCUCGGUGCAGGCGCCGGCCUGCAGAACAGCGCCACAGCACAGAGCAAUGGCCCUACAGACCUCAGUAUGAAGUCCAUGGCGUCCAACUCCUCCUGCGCCUCCUCCAGCUCCAACAGCCACGGGGGGCAGGGUGGUGGUGGUGGCGGCGGGGCCUCGGCCCAACUGAGCGCGCCCGAGGUGACGGCCGUGCGGCAGCUGAUCGCCGGCUACCGCGAGUCGGCCGCCUUCCUGCUGCGCUCGGCAGACGAGCUGGAGAACCUCAUCCUCCAGCAGAACUAA